CAUCGCGGCACCUUCAACUUUGACCUGUCAAUCAGUCUGCACACAUGGUUUUCCUUCAAAAUUCACUAUAGACUGUUUUCAUUUGGAUAUGUUAGCUCAUUCAUGUGCAUAGUAUACUAUACCUAGAUGCACUGAGGAGCUAGACAGGAAAAUGAUCCGAACAGCCAUCUCUAGAAGUGUCUUUUUUCCAAGGACCAUCCGCCCUAUCCUCACACAACAGCCAGGCAGGAUUCUGGCCAGAUGUUGCAGUUCAGAAGAUGGGAAAUAUUUACUCCAUGAGCGGGAUGGUUUAUAUGAUCACAUGACCAGGGGGAUCAUAGAUAAGAUAGAGUUUGAUGUGGACCACAUUUGCCAGAAUGUGGACAGCGUAGCCCAGCGAGUAAGGGACCGUAAAGGCGAAAUGCAGGAGGAUGAAGUGUACAGGCUGGUAGAUCUGUGGCAGGAGAGGUGCAGGGUUAAAGUUGAGGUGGAUGAGAUACAGGAGCAGAGACAGGCUCUGGCUGGUCAGGCUAAAGGUUUAAAAGGUCAACACAACAGUACUGAAUUUAAGGACCUUCAAGUAAAAGGACGCCAGCUUCGCAAGGAUUUUAACGAGGCCAGCCGUUAUGAGACUGAGCUGAACAGUCAGCUGUACAACAUUCUCCUCAGGCUUCCCAACAGCUGCCAUCCCUCUGUCCCUGUGGGUGACGAAUCACAGGCUCGGUUGGUGGAGAUGGUUGGAGAGAAGCCAUCCUUCAAGUUUGUUCCCAGAGGCCACCUGGAGCUGGGGGAGCGGCUAGACAUUCUACAGCUGCGACACCUGGCCAAUGUGUCAGGCCAUAGGUCCUACUAUCUGAAAGGUGCAGGUGCACUACUACAACAUGCCCUGGUACAGUUUACACAGGACAGACUGUACAGGCAAGGCUUCACUCCUCUGGUGGUACCAGACUUCUUCUACCCUGCCAUACUGGAGGGGUGUGGCAUGAUGAAGGCUGGAGCCUUUGAUACUCAAAUCUACACCUUAGACUCAACCAAACACGACCCGCUGUGUCUGGCAGGAACGGCAGAGGUAGGGAUUGCGGGGAUGUACAAGGACCACGUGUUACAGGCGAAUCAGCUCCCACAAAGAUCAUUCGCUGUCAGCACAUGUUAUCGAGCAGAGACUUGGAGCGGGACAGAGCCGUACGGAAUCUACAGAGUCCACCAUUUCACAAAGGUAGAGAUGUUUGCAGUGACUGCCAAUGAAGAUGGUACUGAAAGUGACCGAAUGCAGCAGGAGUUUGUCUCCCUCCAGAAAGACCUGUACUCGGAACUAGGCCUGUGUUUCCGCAUCCUGGACAUGCCGACCCAGGAACUCGGCCUUCCUGCGCACAGAAAAUAUGACAUGGAGGUGUGGAUGCCUGGAAGGGACUCCUUUGGUGAGGUGUCCAGUGCCUCAAACUGUACCGACUACCAAAGUAAGAGGCUACAUAUACGGUACGAAACAGAGCAGGAGGAACUGAAGUACGCACACACGGUCAACGCCACAGCGUGUGCUGUUCCACGACUCAUAAUUUCUAUACUCGAGAACUUCCAACAAGAGGAUGGAUCAGUGGUGGUACCAGAGGCCCUACAACCAUACAUGGCAGGGAAGAAAGUUCUAACUGUUCAGGAUGGGUUACCUAUGAAGUAUAUGGGUAGGGAAAGGAGGGUGUUUAAACAACAUCAGAAAAAAUUUUCUAUGUACAAGUAAUGAAAAUAAUUUUACGUCCCUUUUUUUUUUAUUUGGAGAUUGGGACAAACUUGUGAACUGAUGGAAUAUCAGGGAGAACUCAAUAUGCUGCUUCAAGUAACUUGGAACAUUGUAAGAGAUGAUUCAGUAUAACUGUUAUUGAAUGUUAUUCAGAACAAAACAGUUGUCUGGUGAUUGUCAAUUUCUGUUGGAAUCAAUCAUUCAAUCACCAUUGUAAAAUGUCU